CCUCCUUGGGACGCCUAUGUCUAACGCUCACUGCGCAGGUCACCGAUAUACGUUGAAAACCACACUAUUUUACUAUUUCAUAAAAUCCGUCCCUUAAAAGUGAGCCAGCGUAACAGUCGCUGACAUAGCUUGGUUGUUCUGUGGUGGGUUAUUUUUUAUAAGUUAAAGGUGGAAAAUGGCUCUUUUUCGUAUAUCAGCAACUACUACCCAGAAAUUCAUACCACAGGCUUCAGUCAUCUUAAGACAACUCAGUGAUGCUUCAACUGAUCUCAAAGCAGUACUUGCAACCCAAAUCCCUAAGGAACAAGAACGCGUGAAAAAUUUCAGGAAAAACCAUGGAUCCGCCAAAGUUGGUGAAAUCACCGUUGACAUGAUGUACGGAGGUAUGAGAGGCAUCAAAGGUUUAGUAUGUGAAACCUCCGUGCUUGACCCUGAUGAGGGUAUCAGAUUCAGAGGCCUUUCCAUCCCAGAAUGCCAAAAAGUCCUUCCAAAGGCUCCGGGCGGAAGCGAACCACUUCCAGAAGGUCUUUUCUGGCUCCUCAUCACCGGCGAUGUACCAACUGAAGCUCAGGUUAAAGCUAUUUCCAAAGAAUGGGCCGAAAGGGCUGAAUUACCCGCUCACGUUGUAACUCUUUUGAACAACAUUCCCAGCACCGUUCACCCCAUGUCUCAACUUUCUGCUGCUAUAACAGCUCUUAAUAGCGAGAGCAAAUACGCUAAGGCCUACUCCAGCGGGGUACACAAAUCCAAAUACUGGGAAUACGUCUAUGAAGACUCCAUGGACCUCAUUGCCAAAUUGCCAGUGAUCGCCGCCACCAUCUACCGUAACACCUACAGGGACGGCUCUGGCAUCGGCGCCAUCGAUACUUCCAAAGAUUGGAGUUACAACUUUACCCAAAUGUUGGGUUAUGACAACCCUGAGUUCAUCGAACUCAUGAGGCUGUACCUCACCAUCCACAGCGAUCACGAAGGUGGUAAUGUAUCCGCCCACACUGUUCACUUGGUAGGAUCCGCUUUAAGCGACCCCUACCUGUCCUUUGCCGCUGGUAUGAAUGGAUUGGCUGGUCCACUCCACGGUCUUGCUAACCAAGAAGUACUUGUUUGGUUGCAAAAGAUCCGUCAACAAAUCGGCGACAAAGCCACCGAAGAACAGUUGAAGGACUUUAUCUGGAAAACAUUGAAAUCUGGACAAGUUGUACCUGGUUAUGGACACGCUGUAUUGAGGAAAACUGAUCCACGAUACACCUGCCAAAGAGAGUUCGCUCUUAAACAUUUGCCAAACGACCCACUCUUCCAAUUGGUAUCCAACAUCUACAAGGUAGUACCCCCAAUCCUUUUGGAACUUGGCAAGGUCAAGAACCCAUGGCCCAAUGUAGAUGCCCACUCUGGUGUUCUUCUUCAGUAUUAUGGACUUAAAGAAAUGAACUACUACACUGUACUUUUUGGAGUGUCCAGAGCUCUUGGAGUUUUGGCAUCAUUGAUCUGGGACCGUGCUCUUGGACUUCCAAUUGAAAGACCCAAGUCCAUGUCCACCAACUGCUUGAUGAAAGCACUUAAAGCCCAAUAAUUGUUUAGGCAAAAUGUGUGUGAAAACUGAUUCAUUGCAAAAUAAGCUUGUGGUGGGGUUGUUUAAUGCAUUGUAAGACCGGUUCUACCUCUCACAAGUGUACUUUUAACGUAAUAUCUCACGAUCAAGUAAAUAAUAAUAAUUUAACCUACAGAGUAAUGCAUUGGGUCAAGUUUUUAUUUUUAAUGUAUGUGAUUUAUUCAUUUAUGUUUCAAAAUUUUCGCGAUCAUUGACAUUAAAUCUGGUACCAUUUCUUUCAGUUAUAAUUAAUUAAAUGGAAAUCUUCUUUUUCAAACUUAAUAUUUUUUAUUUAUUUAUACAUAUUUAUAAAAAUCUUAUUUAAAAGAGUCCAGUAUGUUCGCAGAUAAACAUACAUUCGUUCCUUAUGUUGUAAAAUAUCUUUUUUAGUGCCGUGUAUUUAUUUUUUGAGUUAUGUUGAUUCUUUAGUUUUUAGAUACUUAAGACUAAUAGAUGUACAGUUCAGUGUGUAAGUUUAUUUGUUAUGUAUGAACUGUUCAUCAAAGAUGACGUGUUAAUUGACAUCCUCAACUUUAAUGAAACACGUUCUAUUUGUUAAAUAACGACAAUACCAUGCGUAACGCAUGUUUUUAGAGAUAAUCAAAGAAUAUGUCACAUAGAAAAUCAAGUUAUAAUUGGUUUAUAAUAAUUUAAUCAGCAUUGUACUUGUUAGCAGAAGUUUUACAAAAAAUAAAAAGUUACGCUCAAAAA